AUGCUCAAAGAUGUUGGUGGCUAUAACCCAAGGUAUGUGGCUAUUAACAAAGAAGCUGCAUGCAACUUCACCGACCUUUCUCAAGAUGUUGAGCCGUUACCAAGGAAUUCAUCACAGCCUGCACGACAAAAACGCAUGGUUUCUAAACGUAGAAACACCCAAAUACGCGGGUGCUGGGGGCGUGGCUCUUUCGCUGAAGGAACUCACCUCAAGCGCAUGUGCACAGAAUGCGCGGCAACAACUCAGCUUUCUGCCAACAUUUUCCCGCCUUUCAUCAACGAGGUGAAAUGUGGAGACAAAGACGGCUACUGCUACCUUCGUCGGGGGCGUUGCAAACAAAAGUUUCUCCAGUUUACCUUUCUUAAACGUACCGGAAAGUUUGAGCGAAAUGACGACCUGAGCAAAGAUCGUGAUGAGGAUGUAUAUAUGGAAAAAUUCGACACCUUUGGAGAACGCAUUAGGUCGUGCUGCGAAUGCCGCGCUUUUCCUUUUCCAAUUGGCUAA